AUGUUGUCGAUUCUAUUCCUGCUCCCUUUUCUAAUCAAUUCCCAGUUGAUCUGUCCAAGUCAACAUAUUACUUCUGGAAAGGGAUCUAUUCCAUCAGACGCAUCUAAAUUCACAGUUCUACCUGCUAACUUCAAUUGUGACUAUCAAUUCGAUGUUCCUUCUGGAUUUGCACUUUCGUUGAGAUUCUAUGCCAGUUAUGAUUCUGGAACGGCCAACAUUACAUAUGUUGAUAAUCUUGGAAAUUCGGCCAGGUAAAGUUUUCUUUUCAAAUAAAACAAUUGAACAUCAAUUUUUAGAAUUGGUGCAAACACCAAUAAUUUACCACAAUGGGCUGUUCAACCAAAUGCUCAUGUUAUUGUCAAAACUACUUCAGCGACAAGUAAAUUAUUGAUUUAUUAUGAAUUCGUUGAUAGUAAGUUUCAAGCUGUUCUUUUUAAUAACGCAAAUUUUCGAUUGUAGUUUCGAAAUAUUAUCGGAUUCGAUUCCCAACUGGCAAAGUUCUGAGUUUGGCAACUUUUCAAGAUCAAACAUACUAUACUUUCUACUCACAAAACAUGGAUUCAGUAGUUCUAAAUCUCGCCAAAUCUUUCAACAACUACAGGGUUCCAUCAUCAAAUUAUUAUAUUUUUGAUGGAGAUAACAUCGUGACUGCAAAAAUGAUCGGAAGGUUAGUUUUUGCAUCAAAAAAUAAUAAUGAUAACAAUCGCUGGAAUGUUCAGAUUGUCAGAUUAUCUCACAACUUCUAUCAACUCAACUGGUUCUUCUAUAAGUUUGGUUAAUUUCUACGGAACAAGAUAUUCAGAUUUCAUAAUUUCCAAUGACAAAAAAUCGAUAGAUUCGUUUGCAAAGUAUUCAUUUUCUGUACUUGCCAAUAAUCCAACAUAUCCUCAAACAGAUUUAACAUUUGUUCCUGGAUAUAGUGCUGCAACAUUCUACUGUGUUGAUUGUGAAAGUUUAUAUCUUGAAAGUUUGGGAUUUUAUCCAACAGGAUCAGUUCAACUUGUUCCAUUGGCACCGACAAACAAGAUUGAUCCAGUUCUAACAUACAAUUCGAAUACUUUCAACAAUUCAACACAACUUCCACAAGUUAUACCUAACAAGUUAUUUACUAUUAUUUAUAACGGAAAAUAUAUUGAGACUCAUCUUGGAGUAAAAUCAGAUAAUUGGUUGAAACCAUCGAAUGGAAGACAGGGAUUCAUGUUCUCACCGACAGUUUGGAAAGCUGGAACACAAUCUGUAUUCUCAUACUUUUUCGGUGAGAUUUCUCAAAGUGUGAAUAUAUUGAAUUGAAUUUAAUUUACAGAUUCUGACAUUAGCUACAAAUUCUCGCUUGGUUUUUUGCAAAAAAUUGUAGACUCCAAUUCAAAUUUGGAAAUUUCAAUCGGAACUUCGUCAUCAACAAAUAUUUAUACAAAUUCAACUGCUCUUGAUUAUUUUUCAGCAGUCGGAACACAUAUGAAUGUGACAUUCAAAGGAGAUUACAAAUCAUUUUUAACUCUUCAAUUCAACACAACUUUACCAAAUUAG